AUGGCUCCGUUGAAGCAGGGCAUUGAGGCCCUUGGCUCUACUAUCGCUGAUCUCUCGAAGUCUCUCGCCAAUCAGCUAGAGACAUUGAACCAGCCAGAACCAUCAUUCGCGAUCGAUUCUCCAGCAUCCUUACCCCAAAGUGCAGAGAUCCAAGGCACUCGGCUGAAGCUCUUGGAAACGCUGGAAACCCUUCACCACCUUAUUGUCGGCCCGAGUGACUUCUGGUUUCAGCAAAGCAUGUUUCUUAACCAUGCACUCCUCGCCUUCGAUGUGUUCAAUAACUUCAACUUCUGGGACGCCGUCCCUCUCAAUGGCUCAGCCAGCUACGCCGACAUUGCAAAGUCAACCAACUUGCCCGAGCAAAUUGUGCGACGAAUCCUCAGAUUAGCAUUCACAAUCUUCGUUUUCGCAGAGGAAGCCCCUGGCUCUGACCGAGUAGUGCACACGGCGGCUUCAGCGCACAUUGUGCGUUCCCCGUUCGUUAAGUCAUAUCUCGAACAUAAUAUGGAGGAUGUCCGACCGGCUGCUACUGUGGGAGUAGAUGCUUUAAAGAAGUGGUUUGUUGGUCAAUCCGAGCCUCCCGAGGAUGUUGCAGCCUGCGCAAUUGCACUGGCGACAUAUGAUGGCCAUCGGAUUGGUAGAGAUCUGUGGUAUCUUCUCGAUAACUCUGAGCGACCCGGUCAGCCAAAAGGGUUCCGAGCGAAGCGCUUUGCAGAGGCGAUGCAGGGGCUUCGAAUGACGAGUGGAGUUAUGACUGAGUCUGUCUUGAAGCAGUUCGACUGGGGUAGCUUGGAUGAGGCAACCGUUGUUGAUCUUGGAGGAUCAGCCGGCCAUAUCAGCGUUAUUCUUGCUAAAAGUUAUCCGAAACUCAAUCUUGUUGUGCAGGACCUCGCCUCGGUGCAGUCUGCCUUCGACGAAAACAUCAAUACCACUCCCAAUGCCUCACGCAUCAAGUUCCAAACCCAUGACUUUUUCGAACCGCAGGCUCUCCCUGCAGGCGUAUUUCUGCUCAAGUCAGUCCUGCAUGAUUGGUCCGACAAAUAUGUGUCGCAGAUUGUUCGUAAUUUGCUUGGCGUCCUAAAGCCAGGAAACCAUUUGGUGGUUUUUGAUUUUGUCAUGCCGGAGGACUAUGACGAAGAAACAGGCGCGAAGCCCCCAUUGCCUGUAAGGAAGUUGGUUGCAUCGAUGGACAUGCAGAUGUUUGUUGGCUGCAAUUCCAAGGAGCGGAAGGUGAAGGACUGGAGCGAUGUUAUUAAGCGAGCCGACAGCCGGUUUGAGCUGAAAGAGGUUCAUGUACCUCGAGGAUCGCCUUUGGGACUCCUUGACUUUGUGUUUCAGGGGUAG